UACUAAAAGCAAAUGGCGAUGCACCAAACAUUUGACAGAAGUUCGCUGUGAAGUAUUUUAAAAUCCCUUACGAGGCCACGCCAUAUUGCUGUGUGUACUGUGUAUCAGAAGAAAAAAAAGCAAUUUUCACCCUAACUGAACUUUAUCCAUAAAAAAUCUGUCUGAUAAUAAUCUGUUUGAGAUAUGGAGCCUAAUGUAUGUUUAAGAGCAAAUAAACAAGACGUUGAAUUACUGAAGCUGCAAGAUCGGGAAGUUUUGAACUUCGCAUCUUUAAACAGUGACUGCAUGCAGCUAAUAUUUGAGCAUCUUAAAUGGCAGGACUUAGUGAAUGUUGUCGAGACGUGCAAAUCAUUUAAUGAUGCUGCAUGUGCAGUUUUUAAACGGAAGUUAAGUGGAUACAGGGGAAUGGUAUUGGGACGCGAACGAAUGAAAUUUGAAGAAUCUAAACUGUUUAUUAUGUCUCGGCUGAUGAGUUUCAAAGUGCUACGUAAUUUUGGCCAUACACUAUCAGGGUUGCACCUUUAUUUGGAUGUUGGCGUCGCUCGUUACAUGAAUGAAUAUUGUUCCGAAUCCAUGGAAGAAUUGUCGUUCCAUUUUUGCGAUCUGCGAAUGUCAGAUAUAAAAAAACCAUUUAAAAAUGUCAAGACGAUUGAAAUGAUUGGGUGUCGAUUAUACGAUCAACUAGCAAUGUUUUCCGACGAACUCUUUCCUAAUUUACGAUCUCUGAAAUUGAAAGGGAAUUUUUACUUUGAACCGUUGAUCGUACAUCAGAUGCCAAAGCUAUUGCAAUUGUCUUUUACACCACAUUCAGAAGGCCAGUCUUCCGGCCCUAAUAGAUUGGUUGACGAGAAUGACAUCAUUGUGCUGAUAAAAAAUAUUCCACAGGUGGAGGUAUUGCAAUUACAGUUGCAUGAAAAUCAUGGACAUAGAAUACUACAAUGCAUUAGUAAACAUCUUCCCUCGCUUCGGGAAUUGAAUCUAAUUGUCUACGACCAAUCUGUAGUAUUAGGGGAUACUCAGGAAUCGCUUCGAUUUGACAAUGUUGAAGAUUUUCGUUUGUCGACUUAUAUAAACACAUUACUUUCAAGAAAUCCAUUCAUUUUUAAGAAGCUUAAGUCUUUCAAUGCCAUCAACUGGACCUUUGAUGCUGACUGUAUCAAUUCUUUUUUUGGUAAAAACAAGAGCUUAUCAUCGUUCGAUAUUCAUUACGGACCCAUUUCAAUGGAAUGCCUUGAGCUGACAAAUGUUCUGCGAAACCUCGAAGAGUUUAGACUCUACAAUGUCAUUGAUAUACCAAUAGUACCACUUCUUAACAGUUUCAAGCAAAGUCCUCGAUUAAAAAAAAUUUUCAUCAGAGGAAGGAAUGAAGCAUCGUCAUAUCAAACCAUACGCAAUGCAAUCACUUUAAGUGGCGUUAAAUUCAAUGAAAAAACCAGAGAUGUGACUGGAUUUAUUCCUAUCAACGUUCUGGAAUUCUUUAUAAAGAACUCUCAGGAUUCGAUACUGAGAUCUGUUUUGGACAUUUUAGAGGAUAGUUCAACACAUAAUGUAUCAAUAAUGUGGUACUGUGGUAAGGUGGUAAAAUAAAAAUAUUUUUUCAAGCACUUCUUU